AUGGCAUCUGAACGAUUGGAUUUGAGUGGCUUACCUCAGGAAGCACCUACAAAACUUAAGAACAGAUUGCGUUAUGUAGAUGUUGCAGUUACCGCCACCGCUAAGGAAUUUGAUGGCAUCUAUCGAAACAAGAAAUACCACCAAGCCGACUUCAUAAACACAUUGGAUCGCGCGCAGGCCGCUGGAGUAGAGAAGAUUAUGUUAACGGGGAUGUCCCUAUCCGACGUUUCUAUAAAUAUUGGAAUUGCACAGUCCCGUCCGACCCAAUGUUUCGUCACAAUAGGUGUGCACCCAUACCAUGCCGCCGAGCCUGAUACUGAGGGACCUACGUAUCUGGUAAAGUUAACAGAAGCUAUCCGAGCCGCUCUCGCUUCGACACCGUGCCCUCUCGCGGCUUUCGGUGAGCUAGGUCUUGACUACGAUCGAUUAAACUACGCAUCAAAGGAGGUACAGAUCCGCACCUUCAAAUCGCAAUUGGAUUUAUUCGUUGAAAAUGGAUGGGAACUGCCGCUCUUUCUGCAUUGCCGUGCAGCGUUUAACGACUUCGUCGAAGUCAUAAGUCCUUAUGUGGGGCGAUUACCGAGACGUGGCUUAGUACAUAGCUUCGUUGGAUCCAGAACACAGAUGGAGAAGCUUGUGGAGCUCGGUUUCGACAUCAGCGUAAAUGGGUUUAGCUUCCAGUCGCAGGAGAGUGUUGAUAUGGUGGCUGCGAUCCCGUUAGAGCGCUUGCAGGUCGAGACGGAUGCUCCGUGGGGAGAAAUUAAGAGUGGUAAUGAAGUUUCAAAGCGAUAUCUGACUAGUGCGUCGCCUUUACCACCUAACAAGAAGAGGGAUAAAUGGGAUGCGACGUGUAUGGUGAAGGAAAGGAACGAGAGCUGUACGAUUGAGAGAGUUGCUUAUGUUGUUGCUGGCUUGAAAGGGGUUACCGUGGAUGAGGUGGCGGAAGCGGCAUGGAAGAAUAGUAUAAAUAUGUUUGGCCUCGGUAUAAUUGGUAAAGAUUCGUGA